AUGCCCUCAUACCAUUCCAUAGACACACACACAUGCACGCACACGGACAACAAGCCGAGUGCAAACCAUAGGGUUGCACCAACAACCCCGCCCCAUUCUCCUGCUUUCCAUCACCUCGCCCCAUUCUCCCGCUUUCCAUCACCCCGCCCCAUUCUUCUGCUUUCCAUCACCCCGCCCCAUUCUCCCGCUUUCCAUCACCCCGCCCCAUUCACCCGCUUUCCAUCACCUGCCCCAUUCUCCCGCUUUCCAUCACCCCGCCCCAUUCUCCCGCUUUCCAUCACCCCGCCCCAUUCUCCCGCUUUUCAUCACCCCGCCCCAUUCUCCCGCUUUCCAACACCCCGCCCCAUUCUCCCGCUUUCCAUCACCUCGCCCCAUUCUCCCGCUUUCCAUCACUCCGCCCCAUUCUCCCGCUUUCCAUCACUCCGCCCCAUUCUCCCGCUUUCCAUCACCCCGCCCCAUUCUCCCGCUUUCCAUCACCCCGCCCCAUUCUCCCUCUUUCCAUCACCCCGCCUCAUUCUCCCGCUUCCCAUCAUCCCGCCCCAUUCCCCCGCUUUCCAUCACCUCUUCCUCCUUCCAUCACCCCGCCCCAUUCUCCUGAAUUCCAUCACCCCACCCCAUUCUCCCGCUUUCUAUCACCCCACCCCAUUCUCUCGCUUUCCAUCACCCCGCCCCAUUCUCCCGCUUUCCAUCACCCCCCCCCAGCGUCCCACUUUCCAUCACCCCAGCCUAUUCUCCCGCUUUCCAUCUCCCCGCCGCAUACUCACGCUUUCCAUCACCCCGCCCCAUUCUCCCGCUUUCCAUCACCCCGCCCCAUUCUCCCGCUUUCGAUCGCCCCGCCCCAUUCUCCCUCCUUCCAUCACCCCGCCCCAUUCUCCCUCCUUCCAUCACCCCGCCCCAUUCUCCCUCCUUCCAUCACCCCGCCCCAUUCUCCCGCUUUCCAUCACCCCGCCCCAUUCUCCCGCUUUCCAUUACCCCGCCCCAUUCUCCUGCUUUCCAUCACCCCGCCCCAAUCUCCCUCUUUCCAUCACCCCACCCCAUUCUCCCUCCUUCCAUCACCCCGCCCCAUUCUCCUGCCUUCCAUCGCCCUGCCCCAUUCUCCCGCGAUCCAUGACCCCGCCCCAUUUUCCCGUUUUCCAUCACCCCGCCCCAUUGUCCUGCUUUCCAUCACCCCGCCCCAUUCUCCCGCUUUCCACCACCCCGCCCCAUUCUCCCGCUUUCCAUGACCCCGCCCCAUUCUCCCUCCUUCCAUCACCCCAUACCAUUCUCCCGCUUUCCAUCACCCCACCCCAUUCUCCCGCUUUCCAUCACCCCACCCCAUUCUCCCGCUUUCCAUCACCCCGCCCCAUUCUCCCGCUUUCCAUCACCCCGCCUCAUUCUCCCGCUUUCCAUUACCCCUCCCCAUUUUCCCUCUUUCCAUCACCCCACCCCAUUCUCCCGCUUUCCAUCACCCCGCCCCAUUCUCCCGCUUUGUAUCACCCCGCCCCAUUCUCCCGCCUUCCAUCACCCCGCCCCAGCCCCCUCCUUCCAUCACCCGGCCCUAUUCUCCUUCCUUCAAUCGCCCCGCCCCAUUCUCCCGCUUUCCAUCACCCCACCCCAUUUUCCCAUUUUCCAUCACCCCGCCCCAUUCUCCCGCUUUCCAUCACCUCGCCCCAUUCUCCUUGCUUCCAUCACCCCGCCCUAUUCUCCCGCUUUCCAUCACCCCGGCCCAUUCUCCCUCCUUCCAUCACCCCGCCCCAAUCCCCUCCUUCCAUCACCCGCCCCAUUCUCCCUCUUUCCAUCAGCCCGCCCCAUUCUCCUGCUUUCCAUCACCCCGCCCCAUUCUCCAGCUUUCCAUCACCCCGCUCCAUUCUCCCGCUUUCAAUCACCCAGCCCAAUUCUCCCUCUUUCCAUCAACCCCCCCCCCCAUUCGCCCGCUUUCCAUCACCCCGCCCCAUUCUCCCGCUUUCCAUCACCCCGCCCAAUUCUCCCUCUUUCCAUCACCCCGCCCCUUUCUCCCUCUUUUCAUCACCCCGCCCCAUUCUCCCGCUUUCCAUCACCCCGCCACAUUCUCCCUCUUUCCAUCACCCCGCCCCAUUCUCCCUCUUUCCAUCAGCCCUGCCCCAUUCUCCCUCUAUCCAUCACCUCGCCCAAUUCUCCCGCUUUCCAUCACCCCGUCCCAUUCUCCCGCUUUCCAUCACCGCGCCCCAUUCUCCCUCUUUCCAUCACCCCGCCCCAUUCUCCCGCUUUCCAUCACCUUGUUCCAUUCUCCCGCAUUCCAUCACCCUGCCCAAUUCUCCCUCUUUCCAUCACCCCUCCCCAUUCUCCCUCUUUCCAUCACCGUGCCCCAUUCUCCCCCUUUCCAUCACCCCGCCCCAUUCUCCCUUUUUCCAUCAGCCCGCCCCAUUCUCCCGCUUUCCAUCACCCCGCCCCAUUCUCCCUCUUUCCAUCACCCUGCCCCAUUCUCCCCCUUUCCAUCACCCCGCCCCAUUCUCCCUCUUUCCAUCAGCCCGCCCCAUUCUCCUGCUUUCCAUCACCCCGCUCCAUUCUCCCGCUUUCCUUCACCCUGCCCAAUUCUCCCUCUUUCCAUCACCCCUCCCCAUUCUCCCUCUUUCCAUCACCCCGCCCAAUUCUACCUCUUUCCAUCACCCACCCCAUUCUCCCGCUUGCCAUCCCCCCGCCCCAUUCUCCCACUUUCCAUCACCCCGCCCCAUUCUCCCUCCCUCCAUCACCCCGCCCCAUUCUCCCGCUUUCCAUCACCUCGCCCCAUUCUCCCGUUUUCAAUCACCCCGCCCCAUUCUCCCUCUUUCCAUCACCCCACCCCAUUCUCCCGCUUUCCAUCACCCCGCCCCAUUCUCCUGCUUUCCAUCACCCCGCCUCAUCCUCCCGCUUUCCAUGACCCCGCCCCCUUCUCCCGCUUUCCUUCACCCCGCCCCAUUCUUUCGCUUUCCAUCACCCCGCUCUAUUCUCCCUCUUUCCAUCACCCUGCCCCAUUCUCCCCCUUUCCAUCACCCCGCCCCAUUUUCUCUCUUUCCAUCACCCCGCCCCAUUCUCCCGCUUUCCAUCACCCCGCCCCAUUCUCCCUCUUUCUAUCACCCCUCCCCAUUCUCCCGCUUUCCAUCACCCCGCCCAAUUCUCCCUCUUUCUAUCACCCCUCCCCAUUCUCCCUGUUUCCAUCACCCCGCCGCAUUUUCCCGCUUUCCAUCACCCCCCCCCCCCCCAUUCUCCCUCUUUCCAUCACCCCGCCCCAUUCUCCCGCUUUCCAUGACCCCGCCCCAUUCUCCCGCUUUCCAUCACCCCGCCCCAUUCUCCCGCUUUCCAUCACCCCGCCCCAUUCUCCCUACUUCCAUCACCCCGCCCCAAUCCCCUCCUUCCAUCACCCGGCCCUAUUCUCCUUCCUUCAAUCGCCCCGCCCCAUUCUCCCGCUUUCCAUCACCCCGCCCCAUUUUCCCCCCGCCCCAUUCUCCUGCUUUCGAUCACCCCGCCCCAUUCUCCAGCUUUCCAUCACCCCGCUCCAUUCUCCCGCUUUCAAUCACCCAGCCCAAUUCUUCCUCUUUCCAUCAACCCCCCCCCCCCCAUUCGCCCGCUUUCCAUCACCCCGCCCCAUUCUCCCGCUUUCCAUCACCCCGCCCCAUUCUCCCUCUUUCCAUCACCCCGCCCCUUUCUCCCUCUUUUCAUCACACUGCCCCAUUCUCCCGCUUUCCAUCACCCCGCCCCAUUCUCCCUCUUUCCAUCACCCCGCCCCAUUCUCCCUCUUUCCAUCAGCCCUGCCCCAUUCUCCCUCUAUCCAUCACCUCGCCCAAUUCUCCCGCUUUCCAUCACCCCGUCCCAUUCUCCCGCUUUCCAUCACCGCGCCCCAUUCUCCCUCUUUCCAUCACCCCGCCCCAUUCUCCCGCUUUCCAUCACCUUCCCGCCCCAUUCUCCCGCUUUCCAUCAUCCCGCCCCAUUCUCCCUCUUUCCAUCACCCUGCCCCAUUCUCCCCCUUUCCAUCACCCCGCCCCAUUCUCCCUCUUUCCAUCAGCCCGCCCCAUUCUCCCGCUUUCCAUCACCCCGCUCCAUUCUCCCGCUUUCCAUCACCCCGCCCAAUUCUCCCUCUUUCCAUCACCCCUCCCCAAUCUCCCUCUCUCUAUCACCCCACCCAAUUCUACCUCUUUCAAUCACCCAUCCCAUUCUCCCGCUUGCCACCCCCCCGCCCCAUUCUCCCACUUUCCAUCACCCCGCCCCAUUCUCCCUCUUUCCAUCACCCCACCCCAUUCUCCCGCUUUCCAUCACCCCGCCCCAUUCUCCUGCUUUCCAUCACCCCGCCUCAUUCUCCCGCUUUCCAUGACCCCGCCCCAUUCUCCCGCUUUCCUUCACCCCGCCCCAUUCUCCCGCUUUCCAUCACCCCGCCCUAUUCUCCCUCUUUCCAUGACCCUGCCCCAUUCUCCCCCUUUCCAUCACCCCACCCCAUUUUCUCUCUUUCCAUCACCCCGCCCCAUUCUCCCGCUUUCCAUCACCCCGCCCAAUUCUCCCUCUUUCCAUCACCCCUCCCCAUUCUCCCUCUUUCUAUCACCCCACCCAAUUCUACCUCUUUCCAUCACCCACCCCAUUCUCCCGCUUGCCAUCCCCCCGCCCCAUUCUCCCACUUUCCAUCACCCCGCCCCAUUCUCCCUCUCUCCAUCACCCCGCCCCAUUCUCCCGCUUUCCAUCACCCCGCCCCAUUCUCCCGCUUUCAAUCACCCCGCCCCAUUCUCCCUCUUUCCAUCACCCCACCCCAUUCUCCCGCUUUCCAUCACCCCGCCCCAUUCUCCUGCUUUCCAUCACCCCGCCUCAUUCUCCCGCUUUCCAUGA